AUAGGGAAUUCCCAAUAGUUUGAAUGGAAACAGGCUACAUAAAAGUCCCAGGCAAAGACUAAAACAAUUCAAAAGUUUCAAGUGUUUGUUAAGGUUACAUUUCACACUAUUGAUGUGACCUUGGCCUUUUGUAUGGUCCAGUCUUCGUCCAAUUUCAAGAAAAUUCAUCAAAAGAGAAAGCGAAAGCUCCUGUUGUCGUUAAAGAUCCACCCUCCGUAAUUCACCGUAACAGUAUGGGGCUAAACCUUUCUAUUGAAUCCUACUGCGUUGAUUCCUCCUCGAAGGAAAAGGGAGACAGCCGAAUCUCUCUCGACGGCUGCCUAAGCAAGAACCACAAAUUUGUCACCGUUUAUGAGGGCAAAAGGUUUUACGGCGGCAUCGAAGAGGAAUGGGUCGUCGCCAAGUUCAGCCGUACUAAUUCAACUCAAGAGUGGGCCGAAACACAAAAGAAGUUGUCUCUCCUGGUUGCCCCAAUUGCAGAGAAGUACAACAAAGUCCUGCUUGGCUUCAAUGUCAAGGACGGCUCUGUUCGAUUCGUCGAAGUCAAUGAGGCGCGAGCGCACGAGGUUCCUUUCAUUUCCAGAAAGAGGCAAGAAGGUCAGUUUUUCACGUAUGAAAAGAGAAUGUCCAAAUUUAAAGAGUUCAUUGGAGUCGACGGUAAACGUUUGACCACAACAAAGUACAGAUCAACUAAAAAUAGAUCGUCCUUGAGAAAAAGGUCAGCCUCGGCUUUGUCUUCAGCGUCAUGUGAUCUGACCGUCGGCCGCCUAGAGCAGGCUGAGACCAAACAUUCAUGUGUCAGCCCACCACCUUACAGCUGCGACCCACCAAGCUAUGAGCAAAGUGAAGCCGACGCAGCCGAGGCAGCUCAACUCUUGAGGUUCAACACUCUUCUUGCGGAAAAUCACCCAGAGGCUCUUGGAAAAGUGGAGCUCUUCACUUGUCCAGAAUUAUCACCCCCUGCACGGGGAACUCAGCCAAGACUUUGGGAAUCUGCACCUGAGUUUGAUUCUGCACCCACGACUGCUUCCGACUUGACUCAUGGGGACUUGGUUUUUCAAGAGAAUUUUCUGGAAGCGUUCAUUCACUAUUUUUUCACUCACACCGAAGGACGUUAUAUAAUCAGCAGUCUGAAGGGGUCAGUAAACAAUCAUUCUAAAUUCACCUUGACCACUCCAGUAAUUCACUCGUUAACCAAAGACUUUUGUGACCGCGAUGAUGGGGAAGAUGGUAUAGUCCGAGUGAUCAGCAACCACAGAUGUAACACCCUGUGCAGGCAUCUGACUGAUAUGAAUACUUUGUUAGCAGAAGCUAAGAGGCGAGUCUUUGCCUGAAAAACAAAAAAUUGCCCUCAAAACUCAAACUCGGGCAAAAAUACGAACAAAAUAAAGCGAUGGACUUAACCAACAAAGACAACGAACCGGAACAGUGAAAACUAGAGUAGAAAUCAUAUUUCUAUGUCUGUAUAAACAUCUGAUGGACAUACCAUUCACUUUCUUCUUUCAUACCAAACGAAAGUUCACCCAGAGAUGUUCAGACUUAAUUUGGCUAGAACUUCCUCUUGUUAAGCUCUUUAUUGCUUUAGAAAUCCCCAUUGAUCUCAGACAGACAACAUGCUACACUACAUUCACUCCCCAUUGAUCUCAGACAGACAAGAUGUUACACUACAUUCACUCCCCAUUGAUCUCAGACAGACCACAUGUUACACUACAUUCACUCCCCAUCGAUCUCGGACAGACAACAUUCUACACUACAUUCACUCCCCAUUGAUCUCAGACAGACAACAUGUUACACUACAUUCACUCCCUAUUGAUCUCAGACAGACAACAUGUUACACUACAUUCACUCCCUAUUGAUCUCAGACAGACAACAUGUUACACUACAUUCACUCCCCACUUAUCUCAGACAGACAACAUGUUACACUACACUCACUCCCCACUUAUCUCAGACAGACAACAUGCUACACUACACUCACUCCCCACUUAUCUCAGACAGACAACAUUCUACACUACACUCACUCCCCACUUAUCUCAGACAAACAACAUGCUACACUACACUCACUCCCCACUUAUCUCAGACAGACAACAUUCUACACUACACUCACUCCCCACUUAUCUCAGACAGACAACUUGCUACACUACACUCACUCCCCACUUAUCUCAGACAGACAACAUGUUACACUACAUUCACUCCCCACUUAUCUCAGACAGACAACAUGCUACACUACACUCACUCCCCACUUAUCUCAGACAGACAACAUUCUACACUACAUUCAAGAAGAACAUUAAGACCUAUCUGUUUAAAACUUCUUUUAGAUUAGUUUGUCCUUUGAACUCUCGUGUUAAUAUUUGUAAUGUUAUCACAGCGCCUUAAGUCUACAUUUUUUUUGUUAACAGCGCUCUAUAAAUUAAAUAAUAUCAAUAAUAAUUAUUAUUAUCAAGUUUUAGAUAUUAAUCUACUUGAUCUGAAUUCAAUAUCAAGACAUUAAGAACUCAACAAGUCCUUUGCUUGGAGAUACAAGAGUAAACAUACACAUUCCAUACUACCGGGAGUGGCUAUCUGGUCACGCGGUACGCGCUUCGGACAGCCAUAAUGAUGAUUCAGAGUCCUAACCCUAACCGUCAUCUCCUAACGUCCAGCAGGAAGUCUGGGAAAGCACGUGAUAAUCCUUUUUUUAUAUUUCCCCUAGAACGAACGUCAGAAAGUUCUACAACGAACAUUUAAAGACUUGUGUACUAGUCUGACGAACAUUUCUCUAGUCAUAUAUCAGUGCUCAAUACGAUAGAACCCCCGCACACGUUAUUCAAUUAAUAUACGUUUUAUUAUUAUCAAUAUUUAUGUAUUAAAGGAAAAGAUAUGCAAUAGGCCAGCCACCUUUUUUUAAAAGGCCAUUUGCUCAAAUAAAAUGUGUGUCACGAUCAACUAUUUUUAAUUCCAUAGAAAAGUAAUUUUUACUUAAUGGACAAAUGUAUAAUUCUUAUUAUAUUUUUCACAACUUUUAUGCCUUAAUUUUUUUUUGUGCAAACCACCAUGUUUCCUAAUGUAUUGCAAUAAAACAUAUAUUAUAUUGACAAUGUAUUUCUUUGACAUGACAAGAUGCUACUAUGUAGAUAACAUCAAAUAAAUUUACACUUUAUACAUUAAAGUCAUGUUAUUCUUUU